AUGCAUCGAGAUAACAGAGAUAAAGUGCGCUUGCUCAUAAGAACCGAGUGGGAAAGAGAAGGCCUCGGCCAUAGGCUUCCAUUCGUUAAAGAAGAUUAUGUUCUCAUGACCAAAUAUGAUACCUCUGAUAUUUCAGCAGGAUCACUGAAACAUCAUACUCCUUUAAAGCAGGCUAAAAAGAGUCUAUCCUUCUGGAGUCCCAUUCCUCACCCAAAAAUUAAAAAUCUCAGAGGAAUUAAUAAAAAUGUUAUCUUAAAGCCUAUACGGAUUUCUAUAAAUUUACAACAAAAUCAACAACAAACUUGGGUCUCAUCUUCAAUCCCCUCGGCCCGGAUGUUCAAGGCAUUUGUUCUUGAGGCCGACCACCUUAUCCCCAAGAUCUCCCUGAGGCUACCAAGAGUGUGGAAAUCCUUGAAGGACAUGGAGGGGCUGGAACAUCAAGCUCGGAGCAACUACAAGAGCGUGAAGCAAAGAGUUGAUGCCAUUGACAAAGAGAACUUCUCCUACAGCUACAGUGUGAUUGAAGUUGAAGACUUGAUGGGCGUGUUUGAAUCGAUCUCGUAUGAGAUCAAGAUCACUGCCACUCCUGAUGGAGGGUCCAUUUGCCAGAACACAAGCAAAUGUCACGCCAAGGGUGAUGCCCAGGUCACUGAGGAGGAAAUCAAGAGUGGGAAAGAGAAGGCAUCGGCAAUGUUCAGGCUGUUGAGGCCUAUCUCUUGGCCAAUCCUGAUGCCUAGAGCUAAAGCUUCACAUAGCCUCUAUUUUAGGAUAUUAAAUUCUCCGAGUGCUCCUUGA